AUGACCGACAACGACGGCAUGGCCCAGUUCUUCCACCGCGCGACGACUCUACCCUGCCAGGACUGUUUCAUCACAUAUCUUCGCAUGGGUCUCGAGCACGCAGACGGCAGGACCGCCGACGCUGACACUGGCAUGUGGCUGCACCAUGGCGUGUUGGUCAACCGUAACCAGACGGACGCCGUAUGUGGGAACGUGGGGCAGAGGUUCGCGGCCUCGGGGAACGAGAGAACAGCAAUCGAAAUCUCGGCUGGCGGCACGUUCAAGGCCGGCUAUUAUAUUGGCGCCGCGGAUGAAGUCUCCCUCGUGGUAGACUUGAUGAACAUACGCCAGGACCGACCGCAGGACGACAUCGUCUUCAUCAUUACGUACGAGUACGUCGAGGCACGCGACGCGCAAGGCUUCUCUUCAAUCAUUCCCUACUGGCUUGACGUUGGGGGUUGCAGAACCUCCGACCAGCCUGCGUAUCGCGACUCCACGUUCAUCUAUACGAGUCCCGUCCUGUUGGGCACGCAGCAAGGCACCAUCACCUUCGUGGGCGGGCAUCUCCACGACGGGGGUACGCACAUCAACCUGAUCAAGAACGGCAAGCUCAGUUGCGCGGCCAGUGCCGCAUACGAUCCGUACGCCAAUGUCAACGACGCUGGCCCUACGGAGCACAUCUCCAGCAUUGAGACUUGCACGAUGCUCGGAGAGACGACUCCCGGAGAUGGAUGGUUUAUCAACGCGUACUACGACACGACGGUGCAUGAGCCGAUGGCACUGAUGGAUGGGUCGCUCGAGCCCGUGAUGGGCAUCAUGCUCUUGUACGUGGCCCAAGCAGUUGGGCAGCCGGACAUGGUCAGACCGAGGUAUUGGACUGUGGUCUUUGGAUUGGGAUGUUUGGCAGCUUUGGUCAUAUCAGCUGCUGCCUGGCUUUGGUUCCGAGAGAGGCGGGCCAUUCGGCUCAAGGGAGGUCCUUUCGGUGGGCUGAUGUACAAGGAUACCCAGCCUGGGCAGGAAUCCUCAGUACCAUUGAUGGAGUCCUAA